ACGGACGUCAUGGCGGGGAAUCGACGAGCCCUGCUGGUGAUGAUAGUGUCACUAUCUGGUUGUCUCGUUUUCGCUGACGCUGUUUCUGAAAAUGAAGGUGAAGUAAUAGUAGACGCGGAGUGGAUCUUUACGAGAGUAGGAAAUCCAGCAAUUCUGAUAUGCGACGUGCUGGGAUCUGUCUCUGACUACGGGUGGCGGAAAAACUGGGGGUAUCCGGGAAUCGAGGAGAACUUGAGGAAUCUCACCGACACUUGGCGUUUUAACGAGACGCAUUUGAGAACGAGUGUAUAUUUUACAAACAUCUUGAAGAGAGACCUAGGAGCUUAUGAAUGCUGGGCAAGAGAUCACAGGAACAAGAAUAUAAGAAAGCACAGUGUGAUUCUCUCCAGCUCAUUCAAGUCAUUAACAGUCUUGUCCAUUGUUGGUUUGGGUGCGAAUAGGAUUUGUAUUCCAUUGAGGUUUGCGCCUAAUUUCUAUGACAAACGGAUUAGUGAGCUCCGCAUACAAUCCCUGGAAAACGGUUCACGCGAAUGGCAGCUCGUGUCGAAAACGUCAAGAAACUCCUCAGACCUCCAACAUGCCUCUAUCUCUAGAGGAUAUAAACGGAACACCACUUACUGGUUCAAAUUUACUUGGAGGGAAGAGAAUAGGAAGGAAGCGGAAAAAGCUAAUUUGUUCUUGAGGUGGACAACGACUCCAGAGGAAGAUCCUGUAUACGUUCCGCGCGUUUGGGGUAAAGAAACGACCAACGAUUCAAUAACGAUUGAAUGGUCAACGCCGCCGCCAGAGAUACAAAGUUGUUUUACCUACUACCAAUUGACCAUGUGGUACAGUGUGAUAUAUGAAGAGAUUUAUAGCGUACCUAUGUUAAACACUCAAUACAAAUUUGAGAGUCUGACUACUGCGAUCUCUCACAAGUUUCGAUUAGUUCUAUGCAUUGAUGAUGAAUGUAAGAAUAUUCUUUACACCGGUCCCUGGUCGGAAGACAUCAUGCCAAAAGACAGAGACCCGAAAUUCACCCCGAAAGUUUCGGUAAUCGAAACAGGCGUUGAUUCAAUAUCGAUCGCAUGGAACGCACCUCCGGUGGACCUGCAGGAUGGCAUUUACUACUAUAAAUUAGCGUUAAGCAAUACGCAUUUCGAAAACCCUCCACUAUAUCUAAACAAGACCGACAAUUCUUACACUUUCAAAAAUCUUCUGCUGAACACGACUUAUCUAUUAAAAGUGGCUGCCUGCAGCGAAUUCAAGACGCAAUGCGGUAAUUGGAGCGAGGAACUAAAAGCCUCUACAUACAUCACAGAUUCCAGAAAUGGGGCACAAGAUGAAAUAUUGCUGAUCACGGGAGCAAUUGCUAUUCCACUUGUCAUCGUCGUUGCAACUGUGCUCGCUUGCAAGAUUCGCAGAAAGGCAUUGAAGCGGAAGUUGAUAAAAGCAAGACUGGAGUACUUCAAUUUCGGGGCCCCGAUUUCUUUGGAUCCAGACUUGGCUGUGAGCGAUCAGGCUGAGUUACUGCCGUAUAACAAGAAAUGGGAAUUUCCACGAAGUCUAUUGAAACUUGAGGAUGUACUGGGAAGCGGAGCGUUCGGUGUAGUGAGGAUGGGACAAGCAAAAACGAUCUGCUCACGCGAAACAGUCACGACAGUUGCCGUAAAGACGGUCCGACCGACGGCCAACCUGAUCUGCAUGAAGGCGCUUUAUCGCGAACUCAGGAUUCUCGUUUACCUCGGUCAACAUCUGAAUAUCGUCAACCUUCUCGGCGCGUGUACCAAAAAUAUUGAUUUGGGCGAACUCUUGGUCAUCGUCGAAUACUGCCGAUACGGGAACUUACACGAUUACUUGAUACGACGCAGAGUCAACUUCGUCAAUCAGUUGAAUAAUUCCGGAGAAAAAAUCCACGUUUCGACUGCCCGUGAAGACGAGGUGAAUGUCGAUGACGUCGAGACGAACACGGAUGGACAUUCCGAUGGCAUUUUGACGACGGAAAACAAUGCGAAGAACAUUACUUCCACGACGACGGAUGUGAGAGCAGACGACUGUUCCUCUAGUGACAUUUCAAGGGAACUCACCCCGCCAUUGAAGUAUCCAGGUGAUCAGACAGAUUUCAACUCAAGGCAGAUGUGCACGGGUGACUUGGUGUGUUGGGCCUGGCAGGUUUCGUGUGGCAUGCAGUAUCUCAGUACAAAAAGGAUAAUACACGGUGACUUGGCGACGAGAAAUAUACUUCUUACCGAUAACAAUGUAGCGAAGAUCUGUGACUUUGGUUUAUCCAAGUCUCUUCGGGAAGAGGAGAAUCAGAAAAACACCGAGAGUUGCCCUCUGCCUGUGAAGUGGAUGGCCAUCGAGUCGCUGAGAGAUCGAGUAUUUUCUACCAAAUCGGACGUCUGGUCGUUCGGGGUCGUUCUAUGGGAAUUGUUCUCGUUGGCGAGAACUCCUUAUCCUCUCAUAAGACCUGAGGACAUGUGCCGAAGGCUAACCGAAGGCUAUCGAAUGGACAAACCGCAAUACGCACCUGCGAGCAUUUACCAAAUGAUGCUUCGUUGCUGGAAAGUGGAGCCAUCGGAACGACCUUCGUUCGAAAAGCUGACGGUUGACAUAUCCGAGCUGAUUGAAGAGCACGUGAAAACGUAUUACGUGGAGUUGGGCAAUCCGUACACCAAGAUUUACGCUGAUAUUUGGAAACGCGAAAGAGAAACUGCGAAAGGAACAGAAGAAUCGAGCACCCUCGAAGAAGAUUAAUAAUAAAAUCAUUUUGAUCA